CAGACUUUAGAAAAAGGACUGUUUUAUUACAUGUGUAGGUGAUAUUGCAUGUUUAGUAGGCAUGCCAAAUACCAAAUAUUGUUUCUGAAAAUAUCAUUUUAUUGAUAUGAAUUAAGCAGCAUGUUAUUUGUCAGUAACUUCCCAUCAGUGCAGAACUUGAAGAAUUGCUUCCCACAGACAAACUUGACUUCUUGAUUUGAUGAUUUCUCAAAGUAUUUCUGCAAGAUGAUAAAUGUUUAUUGAGUUUUAUAGAAAAUCAUUCACAAGAUGUCGCAACAUCUUUAAAUUUUGUAUUAUUAUUUUAGAAGGCCAGUGCGGAAUAAUAUUAAUGAUAAUGAAAAUAAUAAUAAUAAUAAUAAUCAUCAUCAUCAUCAUCAUAAUAAAGUUAUCAUUUUCUAGAUAUAUUUUCUGAAAACUAACUUAGAUAUAAGUUUUCACCUCUUUUUCUUCCCUUUUAGCUCAAUGUGUUAAUCAGAAAGCGGAAAUGAAAUAGUAAGCAGUGGUUCCCAAACCAAUGAGUUACUUUAUAGUGGCCUAAUCUUAAAAUACUUAUAUCAGAUUAUCUGCAAGUAUUACUAUUAAUUUAUAGCUUAAUCUAACACCAUAAUCCUUCCUUUUUUGCAUUUUAAAACCUUUCUUAAAAUAGUAAGAACUUGUAAAAUCCCAUAUUGCUUAUUUUACUUUCAUUACUUUUAGCUAUUGUUUUUCGUGAUUAUAAUUUACUGUUUAAUUCCUUAAGUACAUUUUGGAAAUAUAAUAUACUAUUACUUUAAAAUCAUUCGAAUCUGUGGACACAAAUUUUUGUGGUUUGGGCCAAAAUAGCUAUUUUGUUGUCAUAUGUAUUCAUGAUUUUCAACUUAUGAGCAUCAAAUGAAUGGGAAUUUUACUUGUUCAUUGAGAUUUUGUUUCAUAAAUUGACCCAGUUACAUAAUCUGGCAUGUAACUUAGUCCACCAUGAAUAUUAAUCAGUUUACAGUAAUUCAUUUACUUAUGAUUGUCCAUUUUCCUUGCAAUAUAUUAUAGUCUGUACCAAGGACAAUGUAGUAUAAAGGUGAUAAUUAUUUACUUACAGUAAUAUCAGAUUUUUUAUGAGACCAAAAUUUCUUAAAUUUAGAAAGAAUUUGGAAUCAAAUGCUCAAAUUCCUGUUCAAAUUUUAGGUAAGCUAUAAGUUGUCCCCUUAAAAGAAUUACUAUCGAAGUGUUUUUUGCAAAUAAUAAAAAUUGCUAAACUAGUGAAAAUAGUUCUUAUUUUACACUAACCUGGAUUUUGUAUCAGAUAUUUUAUUAUCUUACAUGUUUAACGUUGUUAUAACAGAUAUAUAGAUAUGCCAAUUCGACGUCAUAUCCAGGAUGAGAACAGCCCACGCCAGGGCUCGCACGUCAAGUCAGCUACCACCACAAUAUUGUCUUCAAAUACUGGUCUCACUAAAUCAUCAAAUUUGAGUACAGUCCACAGGAGUAACGGUUACCAGAAUGCUCAUAGAAAACCUAAACUUAAGCACAAGGGUGAAGGAAGCUCAGCAUUAAUUGUGCCCAAUUUAUCCCUUCCUGAAGAAGCUGGUACCCUGUUUAGCUGGUACACACAGAACUGGUCAGAUGUAAAAAGGAAUGAGUUCCUGCAUAAGUUUAUGCUCAAGUUGGACCCAAGGCAGCAUUACUUUGUUUCAAGUUUUCUUGCUGCUCGGCAACAUAAGGACUUCAUUAGUUUAUUGCCCAAAGAUAUAUCACUGAAGAUACUUCACUAUCUCUCUGUUCAAGAUUUACUCAGAUGUUGUAUGGUGUGUAAAACAUGGAAUGCUCUAGCCAAUAACAAUGAUCUGUGGAAAUAUAAAUGUGAAACAGUUAAAAUGGAGGUUCCUGUGAGUGAUCAGCCAGAAUGGAAGAAAUUGUAUAAAGACAAUAAAUAUCUGCGGGUUAACUGGAACAGUGCUAAGUGUAAAAUAACAGACUUCAAAGGGCAUUCUGAUAGUGUAAUAUGUGUAAUAUUUGACCAUUUGCACCUGGCGAGUGGAAGUUUGGACAAAACUAUAAGGGUUUGGAAUCUAAAGACUGGCAAAUGUCAGCACGUUCUCAAAGGUCAUGUGAAAGGUGUCUGGUGCCUGAACUUCUUCACCCACAACCUCCUCGUCAGUGGGUCAUAUGAUGGAACCAUUAGGGUUUGGAACCUAAGGACCGGCAAGUGCAACAAGACUAUAAUAGCUCAUGAUGGACCAAUCUGGGCUUUGGCAAGACACAAUGAAGUUCUAGUCACAGUAUCUCAGGAUAAAACUGCAAAAGUUUGGGAUAUUAACAGGUGUCUACAUUUGAACAGUUUACUUGGUCACACAGCAGCUAUAUUUGCAGUAGAUAUGAGUGAAGAUGGACACCUUGUUAUCACAGGAUCUGCAGAUAAGAGUGUAAAGAUCUGGAACAUCGAGACCGGCAGAUGCUUGCGAUGGAUCAGUGUCAGUCAAACGACGUCCAUCAUGUCUGUAAGCUACAGUCAAGGUCAUUUAGCAUGUUCAUAUGGUGAAACAAUCUGUGUCUACAAAGUUGAAGGUCCAACAAGGCUGAUCAAGAAAUAUCUUGACAUUGUUAACGAACAUCAGAAAAGGAUAGAAUGUUUGAAACUCGGCAUACUUGACAAAGAAAAGGGUGAAGGUAUAAUUGUUAGUGCUGGUAAAGAUGGGGCAGUCAAAUACUGGGAUAUUCAAAAGGACAAAAGUAUUCAGACGUUUGUGGGCCAUAGGGGACGUGAAGUAAAUGCCAUCUAUUUUGAUGAACUACGUAUCGCAAGUGCUGCUCAUGAUAACAAAAUCCGAAUAUGGGAUUUCAACGUAUAAAUGGAUUGUAACAGAAAUGAAAAUCAAACUGCUACAUUCAGUUUUAUGUGUGAUGGCAAUGAUAUUCAUCAAAUGUGAUAAAAUGAUAUAUAUCAUAUGUGAUAUCCUUUGCUCAUGUAGAUGUCACAGGAAUGAGACAUAUUAAGAAUUCAAGAAUUUGAACUUAUAAUGUGUCAGCGUAACCAUAUAAAAAAUCAUUCACUUGUGUUAAUAUAAUAUAUUUUUCAUACACCCAUAUUCAUAGGGAAUAUCAGUUUAUAGCUAUACAAUACUGUAUUUUAGCAAAAAUGAUGCUGAUGUGUUAAAUUAAUGUAGCCAAAUAGUGUGAAAACAAACAAAAAAGAAGCAUUCUGGGCUCAGUCGUUAGAAAGUUUUUAACAGGUGAUUAAGCUUACAGUCGAUUAACUUUUAGGGUUAUCUUUCGACAUUUUAGAAAAGUUAGUCAAACAAAUUCUGGAGUUAAGGAAGUUGACCACUGAAAGGUCUUUACAGUUAAAUCAAAACAUCAUAUUAGUGUUUCCCGCCAAGACAAAUAUUUUGUAUCAAACUUUUGAAAUGUAGUUAGUUUAACAACCGGUUAAGUUUUCGAACAACGGGGCCCAGUUUGAACCUUAAAUACAAACGACCUAAUCCAAGUGUUUUCCAUGUCCCUCUUGUUUCACUCUUCAAGUUUGCGGAGUCGGAAGAUGGAUCUAUGCUCUCUGAUAACCCUAAAAAUCAUUAAUUGUCUAGUCAGACAUUUUCAAUUUUGUUAUUUAUUGAGAGACAUUGCUUGUACCAGUUAAAACGAAAGAACAGGGUUUGAUUAUUUGAAAAACUAUCACUGUUCAAAAAUGAUUUUAAGUAACAGAUACAAACUUGAAAGUUUCUUUUUGUGGUAUUUUUCUAUUUUUAAAUUGAUACAAAUUUGAAAACAAUAAGGAAAUAUUUCUAUGAAAUUAAAACUAUGUAUAUUUCACAGAUGGACACGCAUAUAUCAUUGUUGUUAAAAGUUGAGAUUGUUGUUGUGCUCAAAGAAGUUUGUUCAUAAUUAUAACACCAUAUUUCUAAGUCAUUAUCUGUUGUUUUGUUAAACUAACUUGUACUUCAUAUCAAGUACUUUGUAUAGCACCUUUCAAAAUGUCAGUUGUUGUUAGGAAUAUGUUUUGUACAGAUACUAUUCAUUAAAAAAUAUAAUCUAACAUUUAAACAUGAGAAUGUAACUUUUUUCAAGAGUUUGACUUAAUGAUUGUCGUUUUUAUUGUCUGAUAUUAUGUUGUGCACUUCAGCAGAUUGAAUAUGUUUGUUUAUAAUGGCGUCAGAGACACAGUGGCUAGCAUGUCGGACUAUAGUGCUAGCAAGCUGGGGUUGUUUCUCGGCCGACAAGUGUUUAGUGCUAGGUAACUAAUAAACUGGUACAGUUUCAAACGGUAUAUUGGACGAUUGGGAGCUGAAUACGAAACCUGCCGUGGGUUCGGUGGGAGAGUAAUUGUUUCAUCAAUUCCAGGUGAAGACUUUUGUUGCCUACCCAUGUUAAAUAAAUAAUAUUUACCUUUAUAAUUUUGGUGUGUAACAGAUUUGUUCAAAACUUUGUUCUUCGUAUUUGAGCGUUUAAAUCGUCUAACAUUGUGAUCAGAAAUAUUAUCUUAACGUUAAUUAAUAUAUUUUGUGUACAUGCUUGUUCAGUAAGCUAAGAGAUCAAACGAUUUAGUCUAUUCAGUUUACUACAUUUUGUAUGAAGUCUUCUUUUCCCAAGACAUUGCCUUUACUUUUGCUUUCAGGAAAAGAACAAAUUAUUAAUUAUUAUAAAUUUUUAAUUUUCGAGCUUGACUCAGUCGAAGAUUUGUUAAAGUAUAAACAACCUGAAAAUAUCCAGGGAUGCAGGUUAUUGAAGAAAGCUGAGUUUAAUGGUAAUAUAUUUCUUUACAGUUGGUUAAUCUUGAAAUAUAUAGGGGUCCUCCAAAGUCAAGUGAUUAUAGUCGCAGAUUUCCAAUCACUUACCCUUCACUGCUGUUGGUCCCGAGGCAUCGCUUGGAAGAAUUAUUUUAUAUUAGGACAGCCAUCCAUCUGAACGGAUCCAAUACUUGUUCAAAAUCAGAUUAACCACUUUUAAAGAAUAUUUGACGUAAUUUAUUAAUGUGUAUUUACCUUUACAUGUAUAUGUGUGUAUUAAUGUCUUAUAAAUCCUUUUUUAAAUAUUUAUUUAUUUUAUUUAUUACUGUUAAGCUGUUUGAGACUUUAUACCUGUUAAUUAUUAUAUUG